AUGUGGUCUGGGCUUCUACUUCAUUGGUGCGGGGUUCUGAGUGUUUUGGCGAAACCGUCCACUUCAAAGAACAUUAUCCAGCUUCCCCGCUCAUCUGAUCGAUCCAGUAUAUCUCUGGUGUGUCGUGCCAAGAAAGUGUCUCGUAUUCACGAGAUGCCCCCACACGCAUACACUACGUGCAUUGGGUUCUCGGCGGAAGACGCGCUUGUGCAAAACACACGUGCCGAGGAGCUCAUCGGUCUAUCGCUACUUAUUGACGUGCAAAACUCUUUACCUUAUGAAGUUGAUCUCACUCGGCUGGGUCCCAAAUCAAUUGGUUCUAGGAAACAGUCACUGGAUCUUGAAAUCACAGACACCGCUGGUAACCUCCUUCGAGCACGGCGGAACGUACCUCGUGGUAAAACCGGGAUCUGGCUGCAGCCUCCUGCAACAGGCACCCCACUUCUGAACGUGUGCUUUACCAAUUUGGUCUAUGAUGCUUCUUGGCGAACAAUUGAUAUGGACAAAAUUGCCACGAUAACCGUUUUGGGCCCCGGUGGUCAUCGUUGGUCCGAAGACGUUUUGGCAGACGAUUCCAGUAAAGACCUUUUACAGGGCAUUGUCUUGCAUACCCGUGCCUUGGCAGAAGACAAACGGAUCGUUCAAACGGAAGAAAGUCAUCGCGAUAUUAACGAAAACACACUUGAACUGUACACUCGCGGUCAAACUAUCAUAAUGAUUACGCAUUUUCUUCUGGAACUGGGCAUAAGCUACUAUAUUAGACAUCUGGUCAAACAACGUAUCAGGAGGGCCCGACACCGAUGA